AUGUCAACUAUUGCACCAACUGUUUUAUGGGCUCAACGUUCCAAUGCCACUGAAGCUUCUAAGAAUGUUAUAUACUUAACCAUUCAAGCCGUUGACGUUAAAAACGUCGACCUCAAAUUAUCGCCUAAUAAUUUGAAAUUCACUGCUGAACAAGUUGAUGGCGAUAAAAAAUACCAAUUGGAUUUAGAUUUAUUUGAUGAAAUUGAUGUUGAAAACAGUUCAAAGAACUUAGAUUCUGGUAACCACAUUUAUGUGUUAUUAAGAAAGAAAAACCUCCAAGAAGAAUACUGGCCAAGAUUAACCAAAGAAAAAGUUAAGUUACACUAUAUCAAGACCGAUUUCGACAAAUGGGUUGAUGAGGAUGAACAAGACGAAAAAGCUGAGGAAGAUGACCAAUUUGGUGGAAUGGGUGGAAUGCCAGGUAUGGGUGGUAUGGGUGGAAUGCCAGGUAUGGAAGGUCUUGGUGGUAUGGGCGGUAUGCCAGGUAUGGAAGGACUCGGUGGUAUGGGCGGUAUGCCAGGUAUGCCAGGUAUGCCCGGUAUGGGCGGUGCCGGUGGUCCAGGUGGUUUAGAUUUCGCUUCCAUGAUGCAACAAAUGGGUGGUUUAGGUGGAGAUGGUAAAGAUUUCGAUAUCAGUAAAUUAGCUAGUCAAUUGGGUCAGGCUGGAAACCUUCCAGAUCUUGGAGAAGGUAGCGCUGAAGAAGGAGAAGAAGCCGAAGAAGUUGAAGGUCAAAAAAAAUAA